AUGUUCCUUCUCCGAGCCCGUGGCCGCUGGGCCGCGGCGUCCCUCGGCAAACGCCUGCCCUCGUGUCGCCUCCGCAGCGACAGCGCCGCUCCGUGCAGCGCGCACUUCGAUGUGGUCGUGAUCGGAGGGGGGCACGCGGGCACCGAGGCGGCCGCCGCCGCUGCUCGCUGUGGCUCGCGGACUCUGCUCCUCACACACCGCGUGGACACGAUCGGUCAGAUGUCCUGUAAUCCUUCCUUUGGUGGCAUCGGAAAGGGGCAUUUGAUGAGGGAAGUAGAUGCCUUGGAUGGCUUGUGUUCGCGGAUCUGUGACCAGUCUGGUAUACAUUACAAAGUAUUAAACCGGCGAAAGGGCCCUGCUGUGUGGGGGCUGAGAGCGCAAAUUGAUCGGAAGCUUUAUAAACAGAACAUGCAGAAGGAAAUCCUGAAUACGCCCCUGCUCACUGUUCAGGAGGGAGCUGUAGAAGAUCUAGUUCUCACAGAAGCAGAGCCUGGAUACGCUGGGAAGUGCCGGGUCAGCGGUGUUAUUUUGGCAGAUGGAAGUACAGUUUAUGCAGAGAGUGUAAUUCUGACAACGGGGACAUUUCUGAGAGGCAUGGUCGUAAUUGGCUUGGAGAUGCAUCCUGCAGGACGUUUGGGGGAUCAACCCUCAAUAGGGUUGGCUCAGACUCUGGAGAAGUUGGGAUUUGUGGUAGGAAGACUGAAGACUGGGACUCCACCCCGACUUGCCAAAGAUUCCAUUAAUUUCAACAUUCUAAACAAGCACACACCAGAUAAUCCAUCCAUCCCAUUCAGUUUUCUCAAUGAAACAGUGUGGAUCAAGCCAGAAGAUCAACUGCCAUGUUAUUUGACUCAUACCAACCCCAGAGUGGAUGAGAUUGUCCUUGAGAACCUGCACCUGAACAGUCACGUUAAGGAAACUACAAGAGGACCCCGAUACUGUCCCUCCAUUGAAUCUAAGGUUUUACGUUUUCCAAACCGUGUUCAUCAGGUUUGGUUGGAACCGGAAGGAAUGGAUUCUGACCUUAUAUAUCCGCAAGGGUUAUCUGUUACACUGCCAGCUGAGUUACAAGAGAAAAUGAUAGCGUGCAUCAGAGGCCUGGAGAAAGCCAAAAUGGUUCAUCCAGGCUAUGGUGUUCAGUAUGAUUAUUUAGAUCCCCGCCAGAUCAGUCCUUCUCUCGAGACACAUUUGGUUCAGCGGUUGUUCUUUGCUGGGCAGAUAAAUGGAACCACUGGCUAUGAGGAAGCUGCAGCUCAGGGUGUGAUAGCUGGAAUCAACGCCAGUCUUCGGGUCAGUCGAAAACCACCCUUUAUUGUAAGUCGUACAGAAGGCUACAUAGGAGUCUUAAUUGAUGACCUCACCACACUGGGCACCAGCGAACCAUACCGCAUGUUUACCAGCAGGGUAGAGUUCCGGUUGUCACUGCGUCCGGAUAAUGCUGACAUGCGCCUCACGUUCCGAGCCCAUAAGGAUGCUGGCUGUGUGUCCCCACAGCGAUAUGAAAGAGCUUCCUGGAUGAAGUCGUCUUUAGAAGAAGGCAUGUCUGUGUUGAAAUCCAUUGAGUUUUCAAGCUCCAAGUGGAAAAAGUUAAUUCCACAAGCUCCUAUAAGUAUUAAUAGAAGCCCUCCUGUCAGUGCUCUAGAUGUUCUUAAGUAUGAAGGCGUUGACAUGGAGUUGCUGGCCAGCGCUGUUCCCGAGCCCCUGAAGAAGUACACCGCUUACAGAGAGCUGGCUAGAAGACUGAAAAUAGAAGCUACUUAUGAGUCAGUAUUAUUGUAUCAACUACAAGAAAUAAAGGAGGUUCAGCGAGAUGAAGCUUUCCAACUGCCACAAGACUUAGAUUAUCUAACAAUCAAGGAUGUGUCGUUGUCCCAAGAAGUUCGAGAGAAGCUACACUUGAGUCGCCCACAGACAAUUGGGGCUGCUAGUCGUAUACCUGGAGUGACACCAGCUGCCAUCGUCAAUCUGCUCAGAUUUGUGAAGACCACUCAGCAGAGACAGACAGCAGUGACAGAACACCAAACCAAUUAGUACUUAUGUGAUACAAAUAAACUUCCAGACAGAGAAUUGUAACUUUCAUUUCAUAGAGGACUUUUAGAAAGAGGGUUUAGAGAGUAUAAAAGGAAAUAAAAAUAAUACCUGUGA